UGGGAGCAAAAUAUAGUAUUGAGAGAAGGAUUAUUCUUAAAGCUUUGGGGGCUGAGUUAUACAUCACAGAUCCUGCCAAAGGUAUGGACGGUGUGCUUCAGAAGGCCCAAGAGAUAAUAGAUAGAACACCGAACUGUUAUUUUCUUCAUCAGAGCGAAAACCCUGCCAAUCCAAAGAUCCAUUAUGAAUCAACUGGACCUGAAAUAUGGAAUUGUACGGGAGGGAAAGUUGAUAUUUUAAUUGCUGGGAUUGGGACUGGUGGCACAGUGACUGGAAUUGGAAGGUUUCUUAAGGAGAAGAAUCCAGAAAUAAAGGUAUAUGGUUUAGAACCAACCGAAAAUGCAUUUCUAAAUGGAGGACAACUAGGGCCACAUAAAAUCCAAGGAAUUGGUCCUGGUUUAAUCUCACCUGUUCUCGAUCUCAGCAUCCUGGAUGAAGUUCUUCAAGUAUCUAGUGAUGAAGCUAUUGAAACGACAAAGCUUCUUGCAUUGAAAGAAGGCCUGCUGGUAGGAAUAUCAUCAGGGGCUUCUGCAGUAAAAGUAGCAGAAAGGCCAGAAAAUGCUGGGAAACUUAUUGUGCUUAUUGGAAGCACCCCUAUGGUAUAUCUGAACAAAAUCGCGGAAGGUUGUGCUGCCCAAAUUGCAGCCAAAAUGGAGAGAAUGCAACCAUGCUCAAGUAUUAAAGAUAGGGUCGCAUGGAGUAUGAUCAAAGAUGCAGAAGACAGGGGACUGAUUACGCCUGGGAAGACGGUCCUCAAUGAGAUAUCCAGUGGAAAUACUGGCAUUGGUCUUGCAUCUAUUGCAGCAGCUCGUGGCAAUAAACUUGUGAUAGUGAUGGGAGCAAAAUAUAGUAUUGAAAGAAGGAUUGUUCUUAAAGCUUUGGGGGCUGAGUUAUACAUCACGGAUCCUGCCAAAGGUACAGAUGGUGUGCUUCAGAAAGCCCAAGAGAUAAUAGAUAGAACACCUAACUGUUAUUUUCUACAUCAGAGCGAAAACCCUGCCAAUCCAAAGAUACAUUACGAAGCAACUGGACCUGAAAUAUGGAAUUGUACGGGAGGGAAAGUUGAUAUUUUAAUUGCUGGGAUUGGGACUGGAGGCACAGUGACAGGAAUUGGAAGGUUUCUUAAGGAGAAGAAUCCAGAAAUAAAGGUAUAUGGUUUAGAACCAACUGAAAAUGCAUUUCUAAAUGGAGGACAACUAGGGCCGCAUAAAAUCCAAGGAAUUGGUCCUGGUUUAAUCUCACCUGUUCUUGAUCUCAGCAUCCUGGAUGAAGUUCUUCAAGUAUCUAGUGAUGAAGCUAUUGAAAUGGCAAAGCUUCUUGCAUUGAAAGAAGGUCUGCUGGUAGGAAUAUCAUCGGGGGCUUCAGCUGCUGCUGCAGUAAAAGUAGCAAAAAGGCCAGAAAAUGAUGGGAAACUUAUUGUGAUUAUUAUCGCUAGUUCUGGAGAGCGUUAUCUUUCCACUGUGCUAUUUGAUUCCAUUAGAGAAGAGGUGGAAAACAUGACGUUUGAGUAACUUUAUGCUUCUUUGGA